AUGUCCGAUCCCCACUGUCUUCAGGAAAUGGACAUUGUGGAGCAUGACGACCUCGUUGAGGUUCUUUCUCCGGGACCUCGCGCUGUGUCAUCCGGUGAACAGUCCCUCGAUGGCAGCAUAGAUGAGGAACGAGGGGCACUUUCAGAUUCGGACGUCAACCAUGUAGCCAGAGCAAAUACCUUAGCAUCACAAGUCAAGGGCCCUUCUUCGGAUGCCUUGGAGGAGUCGUGUAGGAUGGAAGCAGUGGUCAGGGAAAGAGGUUCUGAAUGGGAAGACAUACUGGGAAGUGGUCAGCUCAUGAAGCGAGUGGUGAAGGAUGGUCAUGGAAGCGAACGUCCCACAGACGGGCAGUGGGUCACUAUUAAGGUGGUGGAUACAUUACGUGGAGUUGACUCUCACGAUCGAUUAACUUUCAUUCUUGGCUUCAGCAUGGUGAUCGAUGCAUGGGAAUUAGCAACAAAACUCAUGAAUGUCGAGGAGAUCGCUGAAAUUCGUGCAAAAUCCCGCUUGGCUUAUGGCGAGUGCGGUUUGGAUGACAUAAUUCCCCAGAAUCAAGAUCAAGAAUACCGGAUUGAACUGCUCGAGAUCGGCACUUCACCGGAUUACGAGAACAUGAAAGAAGAGGAGCUAUCCGACUUCGUCCUCAUGUUGAAAGAUCGAGGCAAUUUCUAUUUCAACCGGAGGGAGUAUGAGAAAGCAAUUUUUGUCUAUAAGAGAGCAUCCGGUAUUAUUGAAGUUCCCAAAAACAGUGAAGCACUAUCGAAGCUGUUCUCUGCUCUUCAUUCUAAUCUGGCUGUUUGUUAUGCUAAACUGGAGGAUUGGGACGAGGUCCUGAAAUGCACUGAAGAGUCGCUUCGUUUACAUUCCGCGAACACAAAAGCGUUGUUCCGACGAGCAGCUGCGCUUUCUGCACGUAAUGACACGGAGGAAGCGAUGGACUGCCUGAAAAGGGCUCAAGAAAUCGAUCCUCAUGACACAGUGGUACAGUGUGAAAUCGAGAGAUUGACCGGGAUUCGUCGCCGUCGUCGUGCCGAAGAACGAGCGCUAUACCGUAAAAUGCUUGUAGGAGCAGGCGACGUCAAUACAGGAAGUCGUCGUUUUGACUUCGUCACGUACCGCCUUAUUGCCAUUGGAGCUUUUUCUUUGGUCACAUUUGCCUUGUUCGUCUUCUUCCUUUUCCAGCUGUGGAGCUUACCUGGCGAGCAAGAGCUCUAA